AUGGCUUGUUUGUCGCGUCUUAUUUCGUUGCGCGAGAGCGUCCGUGAAAUCUUCAGCGACAACGCUACCACAUUCCACGGGGCAUCAAAUGAGAUGAAGUUGGUAUUUGAACAUUGGGAGGAAGUGGCUGAUGAAUGCCUUCGUCUUAAGCGCAUUCGAUGGAAUUUUAUCGCACCAUUAUCGCCGAAUCAAGGAGGAUUCUGGGAACGAGCCGUGAGAAGUGCGAAGAAUCACUUGCGUCGUGUUAUUGGCACGCAAAUAUUGACAUUCGAAGAAUUUGCCACUGUUUUAGCAUCAGUUGCAGCAUGUAUGAAUAGUCGCCCACUGAUUGCUCUUGAUGUUGACCCAACAGCAUGCAAAGCGCUCACACCAGCUCAUUUGGUCGUCGCUGGUCGACGGCUGGUUGGGCCAAUACAGUUUGAUUACACAUCGAUACCGGACAACAGAUUGACGCGUUGGCGUCUGAUUCAAAAGAUUGCUCAAGAAUUUUGGUCACGCUGGCAUAGUGAAUAUGUAACGCAGCAAAUCGAAACAUCGAAAUGGAAUGAGAAGAAGGAAAACAUCGAAGUUGGAGACAUUGUGCUCGUCAAGCAUGACAACUUACCACCUACUCACUGGCCGCUGGCACGAGUGAUUACAACAUUCCCAGGAGAUUAUGGAUGUGUGAGAAAUGUUGAAGUGAAACUUGGAUCGUCUACAUUCAGACGAGGAAUCAACAAAAUUGCACGCUUACCGAUCGAUGAUGAAUGA